AAGGCGCAUGCGUGGUCUUGAGGGCGGUGCUUCCGGUCGAAGUACCGCUUGGGGGCGGGGCCUGCGACACGCGGUGGGCGGGUCCUGAAUCGCGACCCUAGUCCGGACCUGAGCUGAGUAGCGACCCCAACCCGGACUGGUACCCUGACCGCAACCCCUACCCUCGCCCCCGCAUGGCCCGGCACGUGUUCCUAACAGGGCCCCCAGGGGUUGGAAAAACAACAUUGAUCCAGAAAGCCAGUGAGGUUUUAAAAUCCUCUGGUGUGCCUGUCGAUGGAUUUUAUACAGAAGAAGUCAGACAGGGAGGGAGAAGAAUAGGAUUCGAUGUCGUCACGCUGUCCGGCACCCGGGGGCCUUUAUCGAGAGUUGGGUUAGAGCCUCCACCUGGAAAACGUGAAUGCCGAGUUGGGCAGUAUGUGGUUGACAUGACUUCUUUUGAGCACUUGGCACUCCCCGUCUUGAGGAAUGCUGACUGCAGCAGUGGUCCAGGGCAAAGAGUGUGUGUCAUCGACGAGAUUGGGAAGAUGGAGCUCUUCAGUCAGCCUUUCAUUCAAGCUGUGCGUCAGACGCUGUCUACCCCAGGGACUAUAAUCCUUGGCACAAUCCCAGUUCCUAAAGGAAAGCCACUGGCUCUUGUAGAAGAAAUCCGAAACAGAAAGGACGUGAAGGUGUUUAAUGUCACCAAGGAAAACAGAAACCACCUUCUGCCAGAUAUCGUGACGUGUGUGCAGAGCAGCAGGAAGUGAAGACACGUGCGUUCCUGCCUCCCUUGAAGGAGUGCCCAGUUCAAGAGGAGCCCAAUGGAGCCCUCCUGUCGAGGCUGUAUGCCUAUGGGGUUAUGGAACCUUGUGGGCUUUUCUAGAGAAAACUCAACAGCUGUUUUCCAUAAAAUGUUUAAAAGAUCAAAUUAGCCUUAAUGCUGGAUUGUCUGUACAAGAUGAACAAUCCAUUGUGGCUUAUUUAUGCUUAAAGAUUUCUCGUUUAUUUCCUCUUGCAGUCAUGCACAUGAUUUGGGUAAAUUAUGAGAUGAGAAAUGGUUUUCAGAGUAUUAGAUGGAAUUCGCCCCUGUUGAAGUUUAUAAAUGUGUUCAGGGGAAGGGGGAGGAAAGAGUUCACUGCCUAAUCAGUUUUGCAUGUCAUGAAAAUUAAAUUCCUCUCCAGGUGUAGCUUCAGUCUCAUGCAACUUAAAGUGAUAACAGUUAAUUUGAUUUUUUAAAAAAUAUUAUUCCAAAAGAAAACCAUUUUAGGUUAUCUCUGCCAGCUCUUACUGUUCAUUUCCUUACUGCUUAAUAAAUAUAAAAAUAAAUCUGAUGGUUUCAGACAGGA